AGUUGUCAAUAAUUUAUUUAUAGCGAUUAACAAAAGAAAAUAGAAGAGUUUGUAAAUUGCGUUGGGAAUAAAGGCGAAGAAAGGAAAAGUGCCGCAAAGGAUGUGUGUGUUUGGGUUGUGGAAUCUUCUGUGAUCGAAGUUGUUGAAUGGUAUCUUUGUUGACGAGGGAGAAGAAAUGAAGGAUGACGCGGACAAAGAUAAAGGCGAAGACGCGAAGCUUUGGGGAGUUUUCCUCUUCAGUUUGAUUGGCGCCGCUGCCACUACCUUAGCGGUCGGUCAGCUGCGGAGGACCGUUGAUUGGUUCUGUGUUCAGCUAUCGAAGACGCAGUCGUCAUGGAAAAGGGGGAGUGAUGGUUCUUUCCGAACGGCAUUUCAGGAAGAGGCGUGGAGGAGGCACAAUAAGCGAUUGCAAGAGGAGUACGAGGAGGAGAUGGAGAGAGUGGAACGAAUAAGGCGUAUGCAAAGUGUGUUUAACAGAGAGAGGAAUAAGUACAAAAGAAGCUAUGAAAGCUGGAGGGAAAAUGGCCCUGGUGCAUAUCAUCAGCAUUUCCAGAGAGAGGACUGGUAUUGGAAGGCUGAUACAUCCUUCAGAGACAGGAGGACUAAUUAUCGAGAAACUCCAAGAGAGAGUGGACACUACGCUUUAUCACAUCACUACUCAGUUUUGGGUCUUGACAGCCUUUUUUUAUGGACCUCAGGUUUAGAAAAGCACAAUAUUCGGAUGCUGAGAUUAAGACAGCAUUUAGGACCAAGGCAAAGGAGUAUCAUCCUGAUCAGAACCAAGAUAAUAUAGAGGCUGCGGAGGCAAAAUUUAAAGAAGUGUUGACUUCUUAUGAGGCCAUAAAACAGGAAAGGAGGAACCAUAAUCUAUAAUUGCCUAAAUCUGCUCAACUAUCCUGGGACCCGAAAAGAUGCAAGGUAUUCCAAAUAAUUAAUAAAGUUCCUCAUUACCUCGUUGAAUUAUCAUCCAGCUAAAAUAUAGUGGUGCUACCUGUAAAUUUUCUGCAAUGAUUAGAGAAUUAGAUUAUGGCUUUUUUUUAAUUUUGAAAUUCAUCAAGUAUAAGGUUAUGUACUUAAUUAAUUAGCAUUCCCAAUAGAUGUUUAUAGCUCCCGUAAUUGGGUCUCGGUAGAUUCCAGGGGGCUGUGUUUGCCCAAUACUUCACUUCUUGUACACAGUUGUAGCCCUUCAAAGUACCAUGAGGAUUUCUUCAUGUUACAUGAUCCUUGUGUUCUGUGUUUUUGCAUUUUUGCUUAAGUGAGUGAAUAAUUUUUUGCUUAAUGCAAAAAUACAGGUAUAUGAGGGACAUGUUCGCGCUAAAACAUGAAGGAAUUUUGAUCCUUCAAAGUAGCUAAACUAUUUUCUCACACAAAAAUGCGCUAUCAAAUCUACCGCACACUUUAUUUGCAGUUUCUUUGUAAAUCACUAUUAUUACUACAUAUGAUGUCAGUCACACCACUUAAACUUAGUUUGACGACCCAUUCAUUAUCCUGCUUCUACAAGGUCAGGUUUUACCACGGGUAGAACGUUCAUUUAUAUAAGGCGUUUUAACUUUUUAGUUUGGACUUAUUUAUCGUUUGUUUUUUAAAACUAAUUAUCAAUUAGACAAACUACGUCGUAGCAUCUUAAAAGGCAUUUUCCUGUUAAGUAACUAAUAUAAUUAGAUUCCUUAAUAUAGAUUAGGUCUGGUAAGGGCAGAAAAAUAUCUUUGAUGGCAGUAAAGGAAAAAUUAUACAAGUUUCUUUUGGUGGUUUUUUUUUUUUUUUUUUUAAACUUUUCUGCCCUUUGUAGGAAGGGAGCUGGAUUAUAGGUGUGCGUGCGACUUAAAAUAGUUUUAAUUUUUGCUUUAUACGGAAGAUUGUACUGAUGAUAGCAUGUUCAAUUCUGUUUUUCCCCCAUCGGUAAUUAAAAUGUAACAUUUGUUAACAGAUUUGCAUAACUCGUUUGAAUAGUUCAAAGAAAAUAUGGUAAUCAAGUAUUUAAUUGUUGGCAGCAUGACUCCAUCGAGUGUCAAUGUCAUUACUCGUUACCAUGCGUCGAACGCCCGGUGACAAAAGAAGUCUGUGUAUGUGGAAGCCUUAGAAAGAGGCAGGACCCGAUUGCUUUCCGAAGGUCGACGUUGCCCCACAUAUUUAGGCUCUUAAUUAUUACGGGUCACUAAUAUAUGUCGUUUUCUUCGAAAAUGUGCGUCAAUUUGGUACCCAAUGAGCUAAAUUUGAAGUGAAAUUUGAUCGCGAAAAACUAUGAUCAAUUUAGAGAAGUGGGAGCUUAGGUUGCGAAAAUUAAUCCGGGACUAUAUUGGAUAAGAAUAUAUAUUGGAUCACCAAAUACCAACUUUUUCUGUAGCUUACAUUUAUGCUUCAAUACAAGUUGUGUCAGACAUCAUAAGGGCAUGAUUCUUGUAUUAUAUCUAUUGCAACCUGCUAUUGUUAGCUGCAUGAGAUCUCAUCCUACUAGAAAUUAUUUGUAUUAAAAUCUCCCAUCCUCGGAUCUGUACGCUUUUUAUUAUUCACGUUCUGGAUCUAAUAGUAUCCGCUCCUGAAUCAAUCAAUAACCAGGGAUUGAAAAAGAACAAAAACAGU